UUCAAAGCAGUAGCUCACGGGACGAUUCCAGAGAGAGGAAACGAGAAGAGCUCUACGCACGCAGACUUUCUUUCCCCCUCUGUAAUCUCCGCCAACGCACUGAGAGAGAGAGAGAUGGCUCACAGCGAAGCUCAGGUCGGCACGGCUGAAGUGAUGGCCUCGGAAGGCGGUGGGCGGCGAAGCAAUCCGAAUACGAAUCGGAAUCCGAAUCCAAUCGCUUCUCUUUUAUCGAUGUUGAAUAUCUCAAACUUGUUUCCGCCGCCGAAGAGAGACGCGAAUAAGGCGGAGCCGCCGGCGAGACCGCUGGGCGGCGGCGACAGCAAUGAGGCGAAGCAGGAGGAGAAGCCGGUGGUGGUGAAGGUUCCACGCCCUCAGACCGAGCUGCCUUCCCUGAAGCUCGAAGCGGAGGGGUCUGAGCAGAACACUAACCCUAUCGUUCUUUGGCAGGUUUAUGCAAUUGGAGGGUUCUUUGUUUUAAAGUGGGUGUUGGCAAGAUGGAAUGAGAGGUCCAAAAAGAGAUCAUCUGAUGAAGAGCCAUCUCCAGGUGAUGACUAGUUUUUCGGUUCCAAUGGAUUCUCCUUAUGGCAAUGUAUAAAUUUGCUAGAUAGUGAACCGAGACCACCUUGCUUUUGUUAUGGGUGCGUUAGCAUUCUAAGGCAGGCAUGUAUGUGGAACCACAUCAAAAUUGCUCAGUUUUAUGGACUUCUGUAUAAUUUGCUAGAAGCGUACAACACGGGCUGAUUGUGAGAUCUUAAAAUAUGAAACAAAUUCUCAGUUAA